GCAGACCAUGCAACUCGUGCAGGUAUAAAUUCGCCACGCUUCAGAGAGAUGGCACAUUCGCAUCCAAACAGAGCACAGGUAUGGCUGUUUCGGCACUCAUCUUUGCUGGUUUGGUGGCUUCGAUUGUAGCGGAAUUUCCCACGGGGUACAUUUUGACAGUGCAACCCAACUGUGGUUAUACCGGUAGCAGCGAAGCAUCCAUCGCCAUCCUCGCCGACUUUGACAUCACUGCCAAAGCAAUGUGUGACAACGGAGAGUUCAGCUUCAAACGCAAAGACCCAGUCCAUUACUCCCUGAGUUUGUCCUACCCAGGAUCCCCCAAGGACAACACGUGCAUAUUUCCAAAAAAACAAGGCGCAGACCUGUUCGUGGUGAAUCUGUUUGUCUCCUUCGGCGAGUCGAGCAACACGAUCCACAGAAAGGGAGAGAACUACACGGUGACCUGCCCUCCUGGUAACGUCGACAGUAACGACCAGGACUCCAGCGAGGAGUUGACCGCGCCUGACGAAAUACAUGAUGGAAGAACCACUAAAUCGACGAUAACCUUGCACAUGACUGACGUAAUGGGAUCCGACUUGAGCGGACAGAAUGUCCAUCUGAAGAGAAUGGUACUGCUUACAGCCACGACUGAUGGUGCGGAACACGAACUGGGCAUCAAGCCUGUCUCCUGUGACGCAGUGUCCGUCGCCACCAAUAAGAAAUACACAAUCCUUCGAGCAGGGUGCGGUGACGGACAGGUAUUGCCAAAGACCCGGGGAUUUUUGACAACGGGCCUCACUACCCGAAGCCCCUACUUUGAAGUUUUCAGCAUAGAGGGAGAGGAACAAAUGAAGUUUGAAUGCAACUUUACCAUCUGUGCUCGGAAUUGUGAUGGGAGCUCGUGUACAACCAGCAGGAGGAGAAGAGGAACUUUGUUUGAAUAUUUGCCAGACGACCAGAGCGACCUCGUGGCAUCUCCCACUAUCGUUAUACGCAUCCCGAAAAUCGCAAUCAAUCCUCCACCAAUGGCCUCCGUGGGCCAGGUGGUCAUGGAGCGAUCUAUUGACCACGGCCUGGAUAGUCAGUGGUAUUUUCUCUUAGUUCUCGGAUCCCUGGCUUUCCUGUCCGUCAUCCUAACCAUAAUCAUAUGUUUGCUCACCACGAACAAAGCGCCUUUAAAACUUAAAACAGUACCAACCCCUUAAUGAAUAAAAUGUGAAUAGUC